ACCCCAUCGUUGGACCAAUCAGGACGUGCGUUGCAGCAAACGUCAAAAAGCCAAGCCGACAAUAACGACAACAACGCCAUUUUGCCCUCGUUCAAUCUUCGUGUGUUCCUUGUGGUGUGCGCGUCUCUUCGUCCAACUUAAUCCAACCCCUCAUCUGUAUUACGUGUGGUGUGUGUCCCACUUUAGUUAAAUAUGUCUGACGAGGAAGUCCAAACUAAGGCACCAUCAAAGAGGGGCCGUAAACCGAACCCAGAAAAGGCCGCUGCUAAGAAGCAGGUAGCUGCUAAAAAUGAGAUCGAAGAUGAACCUCCGGUAAAACGUGGUCGUGGAAGACCAAAAGGAACCGGAAAGAAACCGGCCGCGACAGCAAAGACCAACGGAACAACAGCCGCUAAAGGCAAACGCGGAAGAAAGAAAAAGGAAGAGAAGAAAGAGGACAGCUCCGCCGAAGAGGAAGAGAACGGCAAAAGUAGCGAAAACGAGGAGGACGAGGACGACGACUAGAUUAUUACCGAUUAGUACGAUUUGUUCCUAAAAAUGUUCAUGUGAAACCGUGUUCACAACCACAUCGUUUCGUCACGAGAGUCAUUUUUCUCAUUUCUUUUAUUAUUAUUAUUAUUAUUUAGGAACAGACGGAGUGUAAUUUUAGGUUGUAAGUUAGGUUUUUUUUUUAUCUAAGUACUGAUAAACUUUCAGAUUUCUCUCUUACAUUUAAGUGUUUAAGGCUUACUAUGAGAUUUCUACCUGAAUAAGAACGUUCGAAAAAAAAGAUCUUUUGUCCCAUUUGGAUUUCCAAAAUUUUUGUAAAUAUAAUUUAUGGCCUUUGAAUAAAUCGAUUUUGGAAUA